AUUAUUUUAAACUAGGCAAAUGCGACCAUAGUUUUUAUAAUUUUUUCUAUUUUUAUCGACUUAUUCUUUCCUCUUUUAUAAUUCAAAAUUUGUAAAUAACGAUAACUAUCUAUAUGUAUAAAUAACACCGACAUGGGUGACAUUCAAUGGCCGUGGCAAUACAGUUUCCCACCGUUCUUCACGAUCCAGCCAAACGCGGAGACGAGACAGAAGCAAUUAGACGCUUGGAGGACAUUGGUGUUAGAUUACUGUCGCACGCAGAAAGUGUCAGUUAUUGAUGUACGCGAAGGAGACCUAUUACCAGUUUUCAACAAUACUACUAUAUCCAGAAAACUGUCAUCCGAAGCGAUCAUGACGGUUUUAGGAGUUUUACAGAAGACGGGAAAUGCCGAACCGCUUGACAAGUCUAAAACAAGGUGGAAUAUUUAUUGGCACACGUUGGACGAAUGGGCGUCGAUAGUGUACAAAUGGGCUCAGGACAAUGCCAUGCUCAAUACGGUGUGUACGUUCUACGAGAUAGCCAGCGACAGUGGCGAUUUGAAUGGUAUUGACGAUGCUGUACUGACCAAAGCGUUGCGGGUGUUGGAGCGACGUCAACAGGCAGAAAUACUUACGCUGGACGGAGGAUCGGGUGUGAAAUUUUUCUCGUAGACGUGGAACUCAUUCUGUACCAGCUACGAGGAGCUACUUCAUACCUCGUAUACAAUACCUAAAAAAAAUUUGGCGUAUUUGUGUGCUCACUGUUCAACCGUAUCAUACGUAUAACGUAUGAGGUGAAACAUAUUACACUUUAUAGAUAUGAUAUGUACAAUAUUAAUAAGAUAUAAGACCAUAAUGUAUAUCGAUCAUGUUUAUUUAAUUUU